GUCACUUCCUGCCCAGCCACAGCGGCGCGCGUGCGUAACUGGCGGUGUAGGUAGCCGGUGGGUGGACAGACUCUGGAGACGGCGAGUUUCGCCGGGAAUCGGAGAGUAUGUGGGCUCAAGCAACAUGGAGAGAGAAUGUGGGAAGUGCGUGGCUGUUGUCGCAGUUGUGACCGAGCCCCGGUUUGCCCAGCGAUACAGGGACUACCUCGAGAAGCAGACACUCUUGGACAGACAGCACCGUGCGGUGAAGAUGCCGGACGGCGCCGUGGCGCUCCCGGUGCUGGGAGAGACCGUCCCCGAGCAGCACCUACGGGAGCUGAGGAAUCGCGUGGCCCCAGGCAGCACCUGUAUGCUGAUGCAGCUUCCGGAUCCUGUUCCUUCGAAGAAGGCCCAGCGCUGCUCACCUGCCCAGAGGUUGUGUCUUGCGGUGAGUCGCUGGGCUAAGGGUCGGGGAGUCACGUGGUCAGCCGAGUUGGAGGCUGAUUUGCCCCGAUCUUGGCAACGGCACGGUAACCUCCUGUUGCUGAGUGAAGACUGUUUCCAAGCCAAGCAAUGGAAAAAUUUGGAACCAGAACUCUGGGAGACCGUUGCCUCGGCACUUGGCGUCCAACGUUUGGCAAAACGAGGGAGGGUAUCACCUGAUGGCACUCGAACUCCAACAGUGACUCUGCUGCUGGGCAACCAUGGUUGGGUAGAGCAUGUGGAUAAUGGUAUCAGAUAUAGGUUUGAUGUGACACAGUGCAUGUUCUCCUUUGGAAACAUCAGUGAGAAGCUGCGAGUGGCAUCACUGUCCUGUGCUGGAGAGGUGCUGGUGGAUCUCUAUGCAGGGAUUGGUUACUUUACAUUGCCCUUCCUAGUUCAUGCUGGUGCUGCCUUCGUCCAUGCCUGUGAGUGGAACCCCCAUGCUGUAGUUGCUCUUAGAAAUAACCUUGAGAUCAAUGGAGUAGCAGAUCGGUGCCAAGUACACUUCGGGGAUAACAGGAAACUGAAACUCUCAAACAUUGCAGAUAGGGUAAACCUGGGGCUGAUUCCCAGCUCUGAAGAAGGCUGGCCAGUUGCCUGCCAAGUGCUUCGACAGGAUGCUGGGGGCACUUUGCAUAUCCACCAAAAUGUGGAAUCUUUCCCAGGGGAGAAUCUUCAGCCUCCUGGAAGCAGUGAAGUGGACAAAGAGCAUUGGCCUUAUCCUCAGCAAACUAGCACCAACCAAUGGAAAAAUGGAGGUACCAGGGAUUCUAGGAGAAAAAUGCUGUCACCAGCCACCAAGCCAGAGUGGCAAAGGUGGGCAGAAUCUGCAGAAACUCGAAUUGCCACUCUUCUUCAGCAGGUACAUGGAAAACCGUGGAAGACACAAAUCCUGCACAUUCAGUCAGUGAAAUCCUAUGCUCCCCAUGUGGAUCACGUAGUCCUGGAUCUGGAAUGCCGCCCCUGUCCUCUAGUUGACUAGAGGAGGUGGAUCCUGGGGCACAAGGAAUCCACAUUUAAGAGGCCUUUAAUG